AUGAAUUGGGCUGGCCUCUACACGGUGCUGAGUGGGGUGAACCGCCACUCCACUGCCAUCGGGCGCAUCUGGCUCUCCGUCAUUUUCAUCUUCCGGAUCAUGGUGUUAGUGGUGGCAGCAGAGAGUGUCUGGGGGGAUGAGAAAUCUGCCUUCACCUGCAACACCCAGCAGCCUGGCUGCAACAGCGUCUGCUAUGACCACUUCUUCCCCAUCUCCCACAUCCGUCUGUGGGCCCUGCAGCUCAUCCUCGUCACCACACCGGCCCUUCUCGUUGCCAUGCAUGUGGCCUACCAGCAGCACCAGGAGAAGAAGCUGCUGGUGCUGACAGGGCAUGGGGAUGCCAAGCACAUGGAAGAAGUCAAGAAGCACAAGAUGCGCAUAGCGGGGUCGCUGUGGUGGACAUACGUCUGCAGCGUGGUCUUCAGGCUGCUCUUCGAGGCUGUGUUCAUGUACAUCUUCUACAUGCUCUACCCAGGCUACCAGAUGAUGCGGCUGGUCAAGUGCGAGGCUUACCCCUGCCCCAACACUGUCGACUGCUUCAUCUCCCGGCCCACUGAGAAGACCAUCUUCACUGUCUUCAUGCUGGUCACUUCCAGUGUCUGCAUCAUCCUCAACAUGGCAGAGCUGGUCUACCUGGUGGUGCGGGCCUGUGCCCGCCGAGGUCAGCACCACUCCAACCCCUCGUCGGGGAAGGGCUCCUUCUAUGGGCACAAGCAUUCCUCUGAGUACAAGCAGAACGAGAUCAACCAGCUGCUGACAGAGCAGGACGGUUCUCUCAAGGACAUGCUGCGCCGCAACUCUGGGCUGCAGGAGAAGGGUGACCGCUGCUCUGCCUGCUAG